AUAACUCAAAAGCCUCAAUGAUUUAAAUUCUCUCAUGGAAUAGAACUUUGAGAGAAAAACAGUCAUCAUUUCUCUUAAAUUCCCUUCUCUACUUAAGCCACAAAAUUUAUAAACUCUCAAAGUUUCUCUGCAAAGACUUGUUUGGGAGCUAUGAAAGUGAAAGAAAAAAAAUAAGGAGCAACAUAGAAAGUUUUUCUAGUUACUAACAUCGUCAUCAUCAUCAUCAUCAUCAUCAUCAUCAUCAUCAUCAUCAUCAUAGGCCAUGAACCAAGGAGUGUUGCAGAGCUCACCAGUGCAACAAUUAAUGGCCGGAAACCCUGAUUGGUGGAGCAUCAACAACGCCAUGCGACCACCAUCAACUCAUCAUCAUCAUCAUCAUCAACAAACAGCUUCCCCUUUCUUCCCUUUCCCUCCACCACAGCCACCACCACCACCGGCGGCAGCGGCGGCUGCUGCUACUUUCUUCCCUCAACUCAUCCCUACUUCCACUUCUUCUUCUUCUUCAUGGCAUGAUAAUAAUAACCAAGAGGUUCCUGAACCAUGGAGUCAAUUACUCUUGGGAGGACUGGUGGGAGAAGAACAAGCAACAGCAUUACAACACCAAGCUUCAACUGGUAAUAAUAAUAUUAUGAAACAAGAAAACUAUGUGUAUGGCCAUGCAAAUGAAGAUUACCAUCAUCAUCAUCAUCAUCAUUAUCAAGGAUCUAAAGCAACAACUAAUUGGUCCAUGGCUACUGCUUCUUCAUCACCAAAAUCCUGUGUAACAACAAGUUUCAACAACAACAUGUUGGAUUUUUCAAGCAACAUUAAAGUUGAUACUGCUACAAGGCAACACCCACCAUUAAUGGAUCCAUCACCUGAGUGUAAUAGCAGCACUGCAAGUGGUGGGGCAUUGAAGAAAACUAGGGUUCAACCUUCUGCAACUCAAUCUACUUUCAAGGUGAGGAAAGAAAAAUUAGGAGACAGAAUUACAGCACUUCACCAGCUUGUUUCACCAUUUGGGAAGACUGACACAGCCUCUGUGUUGUUAGAAGCUAUUGGGUACAUCAGAUUCCUUCAGAGUCAAAUUGAGGCUCUCAGCUUACCGUACUUGGGCAGUGAUGGAUCAUCAGGAAACAUGAGGCAGCAGCAACAGUCUGUUCAAGGGGAGAGAAAUUGUAUAUUUCCUGAAGACCCUGGUCAGCUGUUGAAUGAAAAAUGCAUGAAGAAGAGGAAAGGUGGUCCUGCUGAUCUUCAGGAUUCUAAUGAAGAACCAAAGAAAAACCUAAAGAGUAGAGGGCUAUGCUUGGUUCCAAUAUCAUGUACACUUCAAGUCGGAAGCGACAAUGGAGCCGAUUAUUGGGCUCCUCCGUCUUUGGGUGGCGGAUUCCGAUAAGUCCACGUAUUAGGGUUUUUGGGAAAGGCUAUAGCAAAGCACACUUUAAAAGAAAAAAAAAAGCAACAAAAAAAGUAAGUACUUAGGUAGAGAUGAUCAAAUGGAAGAGCUUCAUGAUGGAAACGUUAUAACAUCAUGAGCAGUCACUCUGCUAAGAAAAAAAAAUGGUUCAAAGGCUGAUUGCUCAUGAUGCUAUACACAAAUUAUUUUAAAAUUUUCAUUUUGGACUAUUUAUUUUCUAGGUGAUGAUUAUGUGUGUGCUAACAAGCUAACAAGCUUAGCCCUUCCUUUUUCUUUUUCUAAUCUACCACUAAGAUUUUUAAGUUUAUUUCUAUAUAUAUUGUUUCAUCUUUAAUUGAAAAACAUUUGCUUUGCUUAAA